UCUCAUCACUUUUUAGUUUCAUUCAAAAUUACCGCCUAAUAAAACGGCGCCUACCAACACUGGCCGCUCUGCCAGCACUGCUAGAGAUGGCCAUUGAUCGAUUGCCUUGCGAUAGCUCUGACUUGUGUUGUUAUCGACUAGUCAUCGCUGACCAGCUGUACAAAAAAGCCGAUCUGUUUAUAAAUAAAUAAAAACUAAAUAAAAAGAAGCCAUGGCAUUACAACACAGAGUUUGCUAGUCAACCAAAAUGAGCACCUUCCUAAGCUACACGAAAAACCAUCUGCGGUGCCGGCUGCAACUGUAGCUCUAGUUUUAUCCAUUGUGCCACUUGAGAACCACCGUUUUCAAUGCUCAGCGAGGAUCAGGAAUCCUUGGAGGAACCAGAGGAGCCCUGCGCCGUCUGGAAGUUCCGCUGCAGCGUGGCCCGGUGUCCCUACCGCACCAACAGGCCGUACAACAUGGCGCGACACGAGGAGUCCCACUCGAAUCCCAUGGAAUCCAAGCUCAACCGCUGUCCCAUUUGCGUCUACAGCACCGACAAGUCCUCCAAUUUGAAGCGGCACAUCUCCAUCAAGCAUCCUGGCGCCCAGGAUCGGCUGCCGGAGAGCCAGUCCCCGGAUCGCAGCGCCAAGAUUCAGUGCCAGGUGAUGGGCUGCAAGUACGAGACGAAUCGACCCUACGACCUCAAGCGCCACUUGAUGGUGCACAACAAUCCGGAGAAGAGCCACCGCACCUUCAAGUGCUCUCUGUGCACCUACAGCUCCGACCGAAAGGGCAACCUCAAGCGGCACCACGAGCUGCGGCACUCGGGCAUCGAGGAGGCCAUUCAAACGGCCGAGGAGCUGCGCCAGGAGUUGCGAAUGGAGAAGGAGAGGAUGGAGCAGCAAAAGCUUAAGCACCAAAUGCUACAGGAGCAGAAGCUGAAGGAACACAGCUCAAAGGUGCAGAAGCACAAGCAGAGGGAGCAACAGCUGAAGAAACAGAAACUGAAGGAGCAGAAGUUCAGGGAAGAGAAGCUGGAAGAUCAGAUGCUUGACGUUCAGAUGCUGGAGGACGAGCUAGAGCAAGAGGACAUGCAGGUGACGGUAGUGCGAGAAUUGCCCAGACCAAAGGAGAAUUUGCUAAGCAGUUUGAUGGAGGACCUCGCAAAAGAGGAACAGGCGGAAUUUGUCUAUGAACCCGUGCAAGAAGAGCAGCCGCCCAUAAUUACCAUUUGCAAGUCGCAGACAAUCCAUGGAGACAUCAGCGAUAAGCAAGUCAUUGCUGUCAAUGUAAAUGGCCAGCUGCGGUGGUUCCAAUCCAUAGAUCCACCACCUGGAGCUCCCACAAAACUGGACAUAGCCGCGAAGAAGCAGGCAGUUUUCGCCCAGCAGCAAAUGGAGGCCUUGGACGAUGAGUUGGCCCUGUCUCUGGCCGAGCAGGAUCAACAGGAGGAACUGCUCGUCGAAAUGCUGACUGAAGAGAACCCAGUCGAGGCUAAGCAAAGCACUCCCAUAGAACAGGACUGGAGUUGGAGUACCCCUCAUGCUGUACACCACAUAACGCCCAAAAUGAAAGACGACGAGCACAAAACUGAUGAUGUGGAUGCGGAUUUUCCCGAUUGGUGGGACGAUGGCAAGUACACAAAGUUGUCCAAGAACCAAGUGUUUCGGAAUCAGACGAAGAAACCCUCGAAGGCCAAUGUGCAGCGCAUCCUGCGGAUAAUCUACGAUGUCUAUUACAAGCCUUUCAAGGAAGAUCGCAAGCGAUUCGAGGCCUUUCAAAUCAAGGACUCGUGGCUGUGCGCCACGCAAAUGACCCGCAUGCAGAUCAUCAAGGACAUGUACUCUAAGCAGGGCACCUGAACUAUCGGAAAAACGUAUUAUUUAAAUAAGUUUAUAUAUUUUUGAGAACACAAUAUUUACGUGCACUGUACGUAUCUCAAAGAUCACAUAAUGUUUAGCAAUGGGCAUUAAAAUUAGACAUUUUAAGCUUAUAAGAAAAAUACAUCUUGAAUAUUUGUAAAACGUUA